CAGAUGGCGGCUGCGGUCGCCUUUAUUCACAGCAAGAACAUCGUGCACUUUGAUUUGAAGCCCGCAAACUUUCUCAUGUUUGAAAACAAGCAGAAAAUCAAGCUAUCCGACUUCGGGCUGGCGAGAGAGGUGGAGCAGGAUAAAUCCCAUAUCAGCAGGUUCGGGCAGUGUGGAACGAUAUUAUACAUGGCGCCCGAGUAUUCAUUGCAAAAGUAUCGUACUAGUAGUAAUCUUCGCAUUACAAAUUGGCUCGGCAUGACAAAUGGAAUUUGUGAUGCUGUUUUGCCUUGGGAUGGGGAUUUGUAAUGCAUGACUGCGAAGAUCACUACGAGUACGAUACUUUUGCACAGGAUACCGAGGCUUUUCAUCAAGGAGAGCAAUACGAAGCAAGCAUGAAAAUGAAGCCGGAAACGGAUAUUUGGUAUCAAAUGUAAAAAUGUCUGGGUCUGGAAGAAUGCAUGUUUGUCAUGCUUUUCUGGCAUGACUCUUAAAUCUGUCAUGCAAGUUACCCAAGAGCUCCAUUUUUCUGUGAUGCAGAAACGCAGUUUGUCAUGCAGAAUAGGCAACACCUAGAAGCUCAGAAACUUGUGAUGCUGAGCCAGCACUUGUUGCCUCCUCAUGAUACGCCACCCAGCAUCACAAGUUUCCAGACCCAGACAUUUUUUGAUUUGAUAUUUGGUCGCUUGGGAUUAUUCUCUACGCGAUGAUCUACGAAAAGCCGCCG